AUGAGCGCCACGACCCCGACUUGCGCGGAUUUCGCGGCUGGGGCCUCAUGCCCUGCCCUCGAGCUGGAGUCGGGGGAGGGCUCCAUGCGCAAGUCGUGCUCGACGCCCGUGCUCAGCACCCUGGGGAUCGGGGAGGGCAGGCUGGACGUCGGCGGCGGCGAGGCUGAGGGCGGCCUCAACGUGUACGUCGUGGCGAGGCCCAUCGAGAAGGGCGGGCCGCAGAUGCUGCACUCAUUGUCGAAGGACGCCAAGAAUGCGAUCGUCCCCCUGGGGGUGUGCCACUACAUGACGGUCUUCGAGACCAGCGACGGGAGGCUCGUGCAGUUCGACUUCGGCCCGAGGGGCGGGGAUGUGGAGAAGGGCGUGCCGGUGUCAUGGAUGGUGGGUGCGGACAGGGGUGAUGAGAAGAAGAGGGAGCAUGGCAGCAAGUCUUCGGUUGGCGAAAUUAGGGAGAACCAGUUGACCGUCUUGCCCGAUGCACAUCUGUUUGUGGGGCGCACGCUGUUGCGGCUCACAGACAUCCGAAGCUACAACGCAGUGCAGCCCCUCCACUAUGAGCUGCACACAAAUGACUGCAGGCACUACGUCAACAGCCUGGUGGAGUUCACCACGGGGGUGGAGAGCGCCUCCGUCCAGCUGGUCCGCGAGACCUUCCGCCGGCGCCACGCCGGCGCGCCGGCGCUCAACGCCAAGGCCGUCGAGUUCGCGCAGUACUUCACGGACGUCCAGAACUGGGGCCGCGUGAAGGCCGCCGGCGGCACCACGCUGGCCACGCUGCUGGCCGCCUGGACGGGGCGGGGCCUGGCGGGCCGCGUGGCAUCAACCACCCUUGCGCCCGCCCUGAGGGCCGUCUCCGUCUCCAAAUCCUUCGGUACCGUGCUCGCCCGCAACCCAGUGCUGGGCGCCGCGGCCGCAUUUGCCGCAUCCGUCCCCACGUGGGCUGAUGCUCCGAUCUUCAGGGAGACAGUGAGCCUGGGAUCGGCUGUGAAUAAGGGGCUGAUGAGCGCCGCUGGCGGAUGGCUGGACUGGCUGCGGAUGCAGAACGCCGUGGUGGACCUGGCGUCGGCGUCGGCGCCCGGCGGGGGCGGCGUGGCGCGCGGCACGGCGGCGGUGGCGAUGGCCGUCACGCGGGGCGCGGCCGGCCUGCUGUGGAGGGGGCGACCGGAGCAGCCCGGCAGGAGGAAGCGGGGCAAGGGCGGGCGGCGGUUGGCGGUGGCGUCCAGGGCGGCCACGCGGCUGGGGAGGGCGAGGCGAGCCGCAAGGGUGCGGCAUCCGGCGCUGGGCUCCAACGAAUGA